CCUCCACCCUCCCUCCUUGCACAUCUCCACACUUCCCGCAACGUCCCUUAUUUCCUGCCCGGGGAGGAGCAGAAAAAGCAGAAAGGAAAGAAAAAAAAGUUUUCCGCAAGAAAAAAAGUUUGUGUGGAAGGCUUACCGGCCGCAAAAAUUCCACAUUUUGGUGAGCUAGGAGGCUCGUCGUUGCUGGUUCUCUGCAUUGUUUGUCGGGGAAUUCGAGGAGAACAAUGGAGACUGUAAAGAAGAAAAUUCAAACCCUGCAGCAGCAAGUUGAUGAGGCGGAUGAACGCGCAAUGGCCGUCCAAAGGGAGUUGGACACAGAGAGGGAGCUGCGCGAAAAAGCGGAAGGCGAUGUGGCGUCCCUUAACCGCAGGAUCCAGCUGGUGGAGGAGGAGCUGGACCGGGCCCAAGAGAGGCUGGCCACGGCUCUCCAGAAGCUGGAGGAGGCAGAGAAGGCGGCGGAUGAGAGCGAAAGGGGCAUGAAGGUGGUGGAGAACAGAGCCAUGAAGGAUGAGGAGAAGAUGGAGAUCCAGGAGCUGCAGCUCAAGGAGGCCAAACACAUCGCAGAGGAGGCCGACCGCAAAUAUGAGGAGGUGGCUCGUAAGAUGGUGAUCCUUGAGACCGACCUUGAGAGAGCCGAGGAGAGGGCAGAGGUUGCAGAAGUGAAGUGUAGCGACCUGGAGGAAGAACUGAAGAAUGUCACCAACAACCUGAAGUCCCUUGAGGCCCAGUCUGACAAGUACUCAGAGAAAGAAGACAAAUACGAGGAGGAGAUCAAGGUCCUGAGUGACAGACUGAAGGAGGCGGAAACCCGUGCGGAAUUUGCAGAAAGGACAGUGGCCAAGCUGGAAAAGUCCAUAGAUGACUUGGAAGAUAAUCUAUCGCAUGCAAAAGAGGAAAACUUAGGAAUGCACCAAGUCCUGGACCAAACACUGCAAGAGCUCAAUAGCUUGUAAAGACACCACAGAGAAGAAGCAAUUCCGACAAAGUUUUGUGAAAGAGAACACAUUCCCUCCUUUGCAUUACUUUCAGCCCAACAAUUACCACAAUGAUAGUAACACAUUUAGUCCUUUUUAUAUAUUUAUGGUUAUUUGUUUUCCUCCCCAUACCCCCUUUUUAUAAUGGUUUUGGGUCCAUAUGAUAUCAAAUUUUAGUGCUGAGCAAUUUUGUUGAAUAAAACCUGACAAGGAUGACAAUCA